AUGGCUGAGGUGAAAUCAGAGGAGUAUUGUUUGGAGAAUAAGCAAUCAACUGUUGCUUCUUGCUCCUCUGCGUCUGAAGGUAGUGGCAGUGUAGUUCAUAAGUCUCCGGGGAUAUGUAGCCCGCCGUCGCCCUCACAUCGGAGGACAACCGGUCCUAUAAGGCGUGCUAAAGGUGGUUGGACAGCAGAGGAGGAUGAGACAUUAAGGAAUGCUGUUGCAGCUUUUAAUGGAAAGCAUUGGAAGAAAAUAGCCGAGUUUUUUCCUGAUAGAUCAGAAGUUCAAUGUCUGCACAGAUGGCAAAAGGUUCUUAAUCCAGAUCUUGUUAAAGGACCGUGGACACAGGAGGAGGAUGAUAAGAUAGUUGAACUGGUGUCAAAAUACGGGCCUACAAAAUGGUCCUUGAUUGCCAAGUCUUUGCCUGGUCGAAUAGGGAAACAGUGUCGAGAGAGGUGGCACAAUCAUCUUAAUCCUGGAAUAAAGAAGGAUGCUUGGACUUUGGAUGAGGAACUAGCCUUGAUGAAUGCUCAUCAUAUACAUGGGAACAAAUGGGCUGAAAUAGCUAAGGUCCUUCCUGGAAGGACUGAUAAUGCAAUAAAGAACCAUUGGAAUAGUUCUUUAAAGAAGAAGUUGGACUUUUACUUAGCCACAGGAAAACUUCCACCGGUUCCAAAAAACAAUCCAUUAUUUGCUGCCAAAGAUACAUUUAGACGUUCUACUACGAAAACGAUACCCGUUUCAUCUAAUAUAGAAUUAAAUGUAGCUGUCGAAACAUCCUCUGAAACUACUGCCAUUAGUAAGCAUGAUGACAGUGGCAAGAAUCAGUUUGAGUCCUCAGGAACAGCUAGAGAAGUUGGUGAUUCUUCAAGUGUCCCAGGAAAUGAAUCUGCUGAUUCUGACUGUGUAGAGUGCAAGCCUGGACCAUCCAAUGUUGAUCUUAGCUGUGGAAACUCAGAACAUAUAUCAAGAGCUAAUUUUGGAACAACUUAUGGGCCAAAUAAUGAGAAUUCCGCACUCAAUGGAAACUUAAUAACUCAGCAUUAUUUAAACAAUGGUAAAAUGAGCAAUAGUAGUAGCAGCUUAAUCAGAAAAUCCGCUCAAGAAAAUCAGAAUUAUGGUUCGUUGUGUUACGAGCCACCAGUUUUAGCUGGUUCAGUUCCGUUAGAUUCUCUUCAUCUAAGUAUCCUCUGCAUGCAGAAUGAUUACAGUUCUAAGUUGCCACCCAUGGGUUUCAUCACUCCACCUCGUGCGAGGGCUAGUGAGUUAUGUACGGAGACCCCUGAAUCAAUAUUGAGAAAGGCUGCUGAUACUUAUCCAAAUACUCCUUCCAUAUAUAGGCGGAGAAGAACUGGAGUCCAACCACUCACUUCUCCUAGUAAAGUUUUAAAAGUCAACAUUGAUUCACAUGCUUCAAAUGAACCAGAUAGAACCAAGAAUAAUUCUGGUUCUGAAGCUCGGGUGUUGUCCAAAAGUCCCGCAAGCCGUGACAAUAAGAGUGUUAUUCUUGAUAAUAAGGCAUUCAGUGCAUCUCCACCAUACCGGUUAAGAACCAAACGAACAGCAGUUGUCAAAUCUGUGGAGAAACAACUUGAGUUUGCAUUUGAUAAAGAGAAGAAUGAUGAUUGUCUGCAUGAAAGAAAAUUGGUAGUGACGUAG